CCGAGUACAUAAGGGUUGGGGCUGCUUUCCCCAGUUACCCAUUGCUUGUUCCUCAGCCACCUCCUAAUUCCUGCAGUCCUUCCGCCAACGCGUGUCCAACACUUUAAGCUGCAAACAUGCCCAUGACACAGUAUCUCGCAGAAGCAGACAUCAAAUCAGCCCUUGAUGCUUUCCAGACUCCUGGAAGCUUUGAUCACAAGAAGUUCUUCGCUAUGGUGGGUCUGAAGAAAAAGAGUACUGAGGAUGUGAAAAAAGUCUUUGAAAUCCUUGACCAAGAUAGCAGCGGCUUCAUUGAAGAAGACGAACUCAAACUUGUGCUAAAGAGCUUUCAUGCGAAUGGAAGAGAACUCUCCGACAGUGAAACCAAAGCUUUGCUUGCAGCCGGAGAUGAGGAUCAUGAUGGCAAAAUAGGAGCAGAAGAAUUUGCGAAGCUGGUGGCUCAAGCAUAAAAGAACUGAACCAAAUCAUUGCUCCUUUACCAACUCCUCCCCUCCCCUCACCAUUUGAAUUCACAACGAUCCCAAUACCCCACCCUGGCCCCAGAGAAAACCUUCAUUAAUUAAUGUCCACCCAGAAUUCCUUCUAUUUAUUUGUACAUUUUAUACUCGUGUUUGUGCCGGAAGAUGCUGUCAAACAAAUAAAUGUCAAAAGAAUAAUUUGGUCCGACAAA